UCCCCUCUGUAGAGCUGGUAAGGAAGUAAAUAAAUGAUUGGAGUCAACAAGAGAAAACCUUUUUGACACGACUUUGUGUAGGGCAUAGAAGCCUACAUUUGUGGUUUAUAGGAAAACAUCAACCUGGGGCUAUUUUUAAAUAUUUUACUUUUUUUUUUUUAAUUGGGGUAAAUAGUUGUGUCUCAGACCCCAAGUAAUAACAUUUUCAUUUAUCAUUUUUCAAACCCACAAAAGUGUUCACACCUCAGUCCAGCAGAUGGCGGUAAUAUACUAAGGGUUGUAAGUUGUCAAUAAACUCAACAGAAGAAGAAGUUUUGGUGGCGGGAGUGUCUGGUAGUUUGGAAUUUUGUGAAGGAAGUUUUGUUUAAUUCAAAGUAUUCGGUAACUCGUUUAUAUUCAAGAAGCACCAGGAUGUGCGAAAAAAACAAAGAGGUAAGCGAGUGGCUCAAAGUGGUGCUCGAAGAAACACAAGUGGCAUGGUUUGAAGUGAAUAUGCGCACUGUUGACGUCCUGUACAAGCUAUCAAAGGACAGUGAGCAACGAGGCCGAGAGAUUGGUCGGUUGGUGGAGGACAUAAAACAGAAAACUGGCGAGUGUAAGGCAGACGGAGCCUACCAUCAAAAGGUGCUUCACUCUGCAUUGGGUGAAGAUGCUUCCAGUGAGAUACUGAAACCUAUGAGCCGCUGUCUGAAUUCAUUGGAAUGUAUGGCUAUAGGAUUUAAAAUGAAGGACACAAAACUGGCCAGCUUUUUGGCUACUACUAAUAAUGAAACUAAGGUGCUUCUGGAGGAGGAACAGGAAAAUAGGGAGCUGCAGAAGAAAAUGCGCAACUUGGAAGAGAAGAGGACUGAGGUUCUGAAUUCUCAAAAGUGUUUACUUAAAAAUAUAUCAAAGUUACAGAAGGCUCAGGAGGUGGAGUUUAUGGAGACAGAAGAGAGGCUGCUGAAUAAGAACUUCAUGGAGAAUAAAUACCAAGAAAUGUCUUCAAGAGUUCGGAGUGCUGAGGAGAAGUUAGCCUCCAGGGACGUUGCUUGGUCUCUCACCCAUCAUUGUAUCCAAGAGAUUUCAGAGCAACUCUCUGUGCUCAAGCAGGAGAUGGAUCCUCUGAAAAGAAAGUUGCAAGCCUAUUAUGGUCUCCCUCCUAGCCUCCCUCUUGCUCGGCUGGCAGUUGCAGAAUCCAAGAUGGAACUGGGAGCGCUUGAUGCCAUUUUGGAUGAGAAGAUUGACUGGAGGCACACAUAAAAAUGUCACUGCCUAAAUUCGCCCCAAAGAACUUUACAAUGAUCAUUUCCUUUCAUUUGUUUUAUGACAUUCUUUAUUUGUUCUCAAAUUAAUUAAUAAAGUAUUUUCAUUUCAGA